CACCAUUUACAACCGUAGGUAAAACCCAAACACCACUCUGUUUGAAACCUCAGCCUCAUUUCACUUCUUGACAAUUUCCUUUCUUCUCCUCUGAUUCUUGACCUAGAAAAUCCAAUUCAAUGACUUCGAAACAAGAAAAAUCUAAUCCGGAUUCUACUCUGAAGGACAAAAGAGAAGCGAAGAAGUCAGUACUGACAAUUGAAGGUUACCCAGUAGAGGGACUGUCCAUCGGAGGCCAUGAAACUUGCAUUAUAUUCCCUUCUCUCAACUUGGCUUUCGAUAUUGGCCGUUGCCCACAGCGCGCUCUCUCCCAGGAUUUCCUCUUCAUAUCCCAUGCCCAUAUGGAUCACAUUGGAGGAUUGCCCAUGUAUGUUGCAACACGUGGGUUGUACAAAAUGAAGCCUCCAACAAUUAUUGUGCCAACUUCGAUCAAAGAAACUGUGCAAGAACUCUUUGAAGUGCAUAGAAAACUGGAUGGGUCAGAACUAAAUCAUACUCUGGUUGGUCUGGAUGUGGGAGAAGAGUUUUAUAUGAGAAAGGACCUUAAAGUAAAAGCAUUCAGGACAUAUCAUGUAUUAAAAAGCCAGGGUUAUGUAGUUUACUCUAUAAAGCAGAAACUUAAGCAAGAAUACUUUGGCCUUUCUGGGAAUGAGAUUAAGAACUUGAAGGCAUCAGGUGUGGAGAUUACGAACACUGUAACUGCACCUGAAAUUGCUUUUACGGGUGAUACAAUGUCAGACUUCAUAAUUGAUGAAACCAAUAGUGAUGUUUUGAGGGCAAGGAUUCUUGUCAUGGAGAGCACUUUUGUUGAAGACACAGUGAAAGUAGAGCAUGCACGAGAUUAUGGGCACACUCAUCUAUCUGAGAUAGUUAAUUAUGCAGACAGAUUUCAGAACAAAGCUAUACUUCUGAUUCAUUUUUCAGCUCGUUAUAGAGUAGAGGAAAUCCAAGAAGCUGUUUCUAGAUUGCCACCAUCUUUAGCUGGCCGAGUCUUUGCACUUACAGAAGGAUUUUGAUGAGGGUGAUGAGAAGUUUAGGUUGAGUAUAUGUUGUCGUUUGCAGUAUCUCAAGCCUUGUGCACUUUUGACCAAACACAAUGUUAAGAAAAAUCAAACAGAGAACGCAAGAUGUACUAAUUUUGCUCUUAGCAUUAGAUGUUAGUCAAAGUUUGAAGAAAAUAUGGGCUGGCAGUGAAUUUACUGAAUUGGUGGUACGUAGCAUAGGUUUUUCACGAUGAUAGUUCUGAAAGUUUCUUGCAGUCUCCAUAUUUGUGUCCUACGCUCGUUCAAUUUUCAUUUUUCUGCAGUUUAAAGUGGCAGGAUCUAAAUUCUUGACCUUCUAAAUGUGCUUGUAUUAUGUAUUCUGGAUCAUCGAAUUAUUCCCAAAAAAGAAGAAAAUAUUUCUACUGA